AUGAAUGGCGGGCUCGUCGCCGUCUUCGCCGAGCGGCCUGGAGCAGCCUCGUUGGGGCAUCGUGGAUUUUGCAAUGGGGCUCAGCAAGAUGGUGGCGGCCGGCAGGCUGUGAUCCAUGCGUAA